CGAAAGAUUGUCGGUUUUCUGGUAUACAGUUUGUGCCGUUUUGGUUGAUCUAAAUAAGUUGACGUGAGCCCCUGCUGUUGGAGAAGCACUGUCCCCUAGUGCUUUCACAGCGUGCAUACUACGAGUUGCCUCCUUGAAAAGAAUCUCAAUCCGACGACAAUCUUAUUGGGCUACCGUUAAAUCCAGAGGCUUGGGCAGUCGGAUCAUACCGAUUUAACAAUCGCCGAAGCCAAUAAGAGUGAAGACCGAAUUGUUGGGGGGAAAUUACGCUGUUGAACCUGUAUGAAUUCUUGAACGGUUUGACCAUGGGAUCAAUCUUCGGUAAGCACAAAGCAAAGAGUGCGGUAACGGAACAGGACAGAGCCGUACUGCAGCUGAAGCAACAGAGAGACAGACUGAAUCAAUACACCAGACGAAUAGCGCGCCAAAUGGAACGGGAGCGGUCCGUGGCCAAGCAGCUUCUAUGUGAAGGAAAGAAAGAAAAGGCGCUGCUUCUAUUGAAGAAGAAGCGUUAUUUCGACAAAUUGCUUGAUCAAACUAACAAGCAAUUGAACAACAUAGAACAAUUGGUGAACGAUAUUGAAUUCGCUCAAGUUCAAAUGGAGGUGGUGAAUCGGCUGGAUUCUGGUAAUCAGGCGCUCAAACGGAUUCACGAGGUUAUGUCUUUGGAAAAUGUGGAACAGAUCAUGGACGAGACACGGGAGGCUCAAGCUUAUCAAGAGGAGAUCGAUGCACUCAUCUCAGGCUCAUUGACUUCGAAAGACAUCGAGAUUGCGGAAUCCGAAUUGGACAAGCUCGUAGCAACUUUGGGCGAGCAACUUCCGGAAGCACCGACCCACAAACUCCCUACAGUGGCGGACGAAGAUGAUUUCCAGCGCAGGGUUGGUGUUGGACCAGCUGAAGAAUCUGUAGUUGUCCAGCAAAACGGUGUGUGUCUCUAUGAUGGAGGGAAACGAAUCGGGUUCGACAAUGGAUUGCUGAGUUUAACCACACAUCGUCUUUUGUGGGUCGCUAGACCGAAUUCAGGCGAAUCGUUCAUUGCCCUCCCACUGGUCGCCGUUCUAAAUGCGACCAUGGAAGCUGGUGGUGGUGGGUUUUUGCGAAAUCGAACACCAAAGAUUGUGCUCCAUCUUCUAACUCAACCCGCCCUGGAGACUGCCCUGUUGGCACUGCCACACACCCUGCCAUGGAUCGAUCGCUGGAGGAAGAAUACUGGUGGAGAUGCGUAUGCAGUAGUGAGUAGCUCAUCGGAGGAUCACAUUAAACUUGGAUUUGCAGCGGGCGGUGAAAAGCAUUUCUGGACUGCUUUGGAAGAAACAUUGAAGGCGAAACCGUGGGCUGUAACAGUUGCAUCCGCUCGAAUCCAUGGUGGCCCGGGAAUCGCUGGCAUUGAGAGGCAGCAAGCAGCUCGUGCACACGCUACAGAUGCACGCCUCGAAGGAGCUUUUGAGGAUCUGAACAAACUAAUUUCUCAGGCAAAAGAAAUGGUCACACUCAGCCACACCUUGGCCCAUCAUACACGCGAAGCUAAGGGUGGUGAACUAACCAACGAUGAAACGGCAGAACUUCGUGCAACCAUGUUAUCUAUGGGCGUUGAGGACGAUGAGGAAAGAAGUGGUACGGCGCGAACGAGCCUGACUGUUGGCUUUGGUUCGUUUCACACUCAGCUAGCGCACCAAAUAUCCAACCUACUCACCCCGAUCCUGUCUGAGAUGGAGAAUGGACCGCGGUCAAAGUAUCGUCAUAUGGGUGCAGGGUGCAUCGAUCUAGCUUCUGCCUAUUGCCGCAUCAACCGUGCUCUGGGGAUGCAAUUGGUCUCUCCGGAGGAUGUGCUCAAAGCCUGCCGUCUGCUCGAACGUGAACGGCUCCCCUUGCGAAUGAAGAAGUUCCCCAGCGGUCUCUUGGUGCUUCAUCUCGCCUCAGAAAACGAAGAGCAGACACUGCAAGCCACCAUGAAGUUGGUCGAGGAUCGUUCGAAUUUAACAGCCGCCGAGCUUGCUCGCGCCGUCAGUCUGUCCCCACUGCUUGCACGGGAACGUCUUUUGGCGUUGGAGGAGCUGGGACUCGUGUGUCGUGAUGAUACAGAAGCUGGUCUUCGCUUCUAUCCCAACCUUUUUCUGACGCGUACCUAAUUUACAUCCCUUCAGUCUGUAAUUUUCUACUUUGGGCUUGAACAAAAAUACAC